CAAAACCCAAACAUGCUCAGUUGGUGACGAGCAACGCAUGCCCAUUGUUCGAUGGAGCACGUGAACAGACUCCGGCUCAAAGCACGAGAGUAUUGUGUGUCAUCAACGAAUUUUCUGGCCAUUCGUCUCAAUUGAUCCCUUGAGGAGGGAAAUGACUGUACCUGCGAUUGAUUUACUUAGUUGUGCCUCUGUCAUUUCACAGCAUCCUCCGUGACCGAACCGAGACUACACGAUUGACAAUGCUUUGCUGAAUAUCAACAUGGCCGCGAACAAUAAACCCAUUCCAUCAUUAUAUACGGUCUACAUACUCAGAUCCACCGUACGACAUGCGUCCCUCUAUAUCGGAUCCACCCCAAACCCUCCCCGACGCCUAAAGCAGCACAAUGGAGAGGCAAAGGGUGGCGCGGCGCGAACAUGUCGCCCAAGUCUCCGGCCAUGGGAAAUGGUAGGCCUCGUUUCAGGCUUUCCCAGCUUGGUAGGAGCUUUAAAGUUUGAAUGGGCACUCACAAACCCACAUAUAUCUUUACAUAUUCCCUUCGAAUCCCGCAUCAGCGUUACGUCGGGUCGGAAACGCAACGGCAUGCCGAAAAGGCCACGGUCGAGCCUGAACUCGAUACUUCAAAACGUACACCUGCUUCUCCGCGUCGCCAGCUUCUCGCGCUGGCCUCUGAAGCUUCACUUCUUCGCUCCGGAGGUUUACGACGCGUGGAAGAAGCUUCUUGUCACUAUUUCUUCUUCAUCUACUACAAGCAGUGCUGUGCCACUGCGGGCAUCCCUAGAUGUACUGACAGAUUUUGGACCGAAGGCAGCUGCAGUGCAAAGCGAGAAGCAAAAGGAAAGCGAGUUACCAUCAGAAGACAAGGUUGACACAGAUGAUGACUUGGUUACAAGGCCCUGGGGGAUACACGCUUUACCGCUAGAGUACGAAGAUUUCAAGGACUAUGUUUCCAAGGGCCGUUCUGUUUUUGGGUUCGAACGAGAGGGAAAGUGCGUCAUCUGCGACGAGACACUUGACGACGAAUCCCAGAAGGGACUUUUGGCGCUGUGCAGCAAUGAUGACUGCGAGGGUGUUGGGCACCUGACUUGCUGGAGCCAGCGUUUCCUUCAAGAAAAAGAGAGCAGCGGAGCGGCGGGAUUUGAGGAAAUAGUGCCGAUACAGGGUACUUGUCCCUGCUGUGGGGGGAUGGUCAAAUGGGGAGAUAUGAUGAAGGAGCUUACUCUAAGAACAAGAGGUCAGAAGGAGGUGGAUAAAAUCUUGAAGCCAAAGCGGAAACCGAGGAAGCCUGCUGAAGCAAGACCGGAGAUCGAGGAACACUGUCCUACAAUCUCCGACGAGGGAAUAGUGACGAUAUUUUGAUUAAAAUAUUUUGAUACCAGCCUACCUGAGUUUUUGGAUAGCUUUGUGGGGCCAAUAUCGAUUCUGGAGACUGUGAAGCUGGCCG